AUGGCUGAUAGGGAACGUUCCUGUAGAUAUACAGGACAGGAGUUAGCAGGUACAGUUGCUGAGCAAGGAAUAAAUUUUGUUUAUUUAUACGGAUUUUCACUGCAGCUAUUCAUAGAUUGUUUUUUUGGAACAUACCUUUACCACCAAGCUAGUCUUCUACCAGAUGCUAUAUUUCAUAGCAAUUGGAGAAUGUUGGAAGAUAAAGAAUUAAAAAAAGAUUUUGCAUUUCUGUUACAAAAUUCUCAAAGAAUACCACAGUUUAACGCUUAUAAUCUCUAUGAUAUGCACAUGUAUUCUUAUGUUAAGGUUAUAAAAGUAGCCUUCUCGUUUUAUACCAUUUUAUCAAAACUAAAAUAA